GCUUCGUUGACGUAGGUGGUGAAAAUUUUAAUUUUUACAAGUUCUGUAAAGAUGUAUCAGUGAGAAAUAUCGAAAAUAAUUGUGCAUAUUCCAUUUGAUGGUUAAAAGAAGAAAGAAUACGAAUCAAAAUGGCUUUAAAAAAAGUCAAAGGCAACUUCGAGAGGAUGUUUGAUAAAAACCUCACGGAUUUGGUUCGAGGUAUCCGAAAUAAUAAAGAUAAUGAGGCCAAGUACAUUGCCCAAUGUAUGGAAGAAAUAAAAAUUGAACUACGACAGGAUAACAUUGCUGUUAAAGCAAAUGCUGUUGCAAAAUUGACAUAUCUGCAGAUGCUGGGAUAUGAUAUAUCAUGGGCUAUAUUUAACAUAAUUGAAGUAAUGAGCUCAAACAAGUUCACAUGUAAACGUGUUGGAUACUUAGCAGCAAGUCAGUCCUUCCAUGCUGACUCUGAGCUGCUCAUGUUAACCACUAAUAUGAUUCGUAAAGAUUUGAAUGCUCAAAAUCAAUAUGAAGCUGGGUUAGCUCUUAGUGGAUUGAGUUGCUUCAUUUCCCAUGACUUAGCUAGAGAUUUAGCAAAUGACAUCAUGACAUUGAUGAGUUCCACAAAACCUUAUUUAAGAAUGAAGGCUGUGUUAAUGAUGUAUAAAGUUUUUCUAAGGUAUCCUGAAGCACUUAGACCUGCAUUUCCUAAAUUAAAAGAAAAGCUGGAAGAUCCGGAUCCAGGUGUACAAUCGGCAGCAGUGAAUGUUGUUUGUGAACUAGCGAGAAAAAACCCUAAAAAUUAUUUAUCUUUAGCUCCAAUUUUCUUCAAAUUGAUGACUACUUCCACUAACAAUUGGAUGCUGAUAAAAAUUAUCAAAUUGUUCGGUGCCUUAACCCCAUUAGAGCCUCGGCUUGGCAAGAAACUGAUAGAACCAUUAACUAAUUUAAUUCAUAGCACAUCUGCAAUGUCAUUACUUUACGAGUGCAUCAACACUGUAAUAGCGGUGUUGAUCAGUAUAAGCAGCGGGAUGCCGGGACACGCAGCCUCGGUACAGCUAUGCGUACAGAAACUAAGAAUAUUAAUUGAAGAUAGCGAUCAGAACCUAAAAUACUUGGGCUUGCUGGCAAUGUCAAGAAUACUCAAGUCACACCCGAAGUCCGUUCAAGCUCACAAAGACCUCGUAUCGGCGUGUCUUGACGACAAAGACGAGUCGAUUCGACUGAGGGCACUCGGCCUUCUCUACGGAAUGGUGUCCAAGAAAAAUUUAAUGGAAAUAGUAAAGAAGUUGAUGUCGCACAUGGAACGUGCCGAGGGGACGUUGUACCGGGACGAACUGCUGACCCGGAUGAUCGAGAUCUGUUCUCAAAACAACUACCAGCACGUUGUGGAUUUCGAGUGGUACAUCACGGUACUGGCAGAGCUUACCGAAAUGGAAACCAGUGCUAAACAUGGGUGUAUAAUAGCGGCGCAGCUGACGGAGGUGGGCGCGCGCGUGGCGGACGUGCGGCCGUUCGCGGCGCGGGAGUGCGGCGCGCUGUGUGCGCGGGUGGCCGCCGCGCCGCCCGGCCCCGCCUCCCGCGAGGUGCUCUACGCCGCCGCAUACGUGCUGUCCGAGUACUGCCAGGAAGAGGAAGUGAUGCUGAGCGCCGUGUCCCCGCUGCUGGCGUGCGCGGGCGUGGGCGGCGGCUACAUGCGGGCGCGCGCCGUGUGCGUGCACGCCGCGCUCAAGCUGUGCGCACGGUUGCUGCGGGCACGGCGCGACCGAAACAUGCGCGAUCAGGACAUCGAGCUCAUACGUGAAUGUCUGGCGGGUUUGCGACCGCUCCUCUGCAGCGAGGAUAUGGAAGUACAAGAACGCGCCCAUAACGCCACCGCGCUGCUGACGCUGGUCCUCCGCGAGCUCAGCCCAGGGGACGCGGAACUGCCCGCAGAGGAGCCGCCCUCAGCGACGGGACUGCUCGUUGAACACGAACAGAGUAACGGCUUAGAGAACGCGGACGACGAGGAAACGCUUAAUCAGAAUGCCAAGGAGGAUUUGAUCGAAGAAUUAGCUCAAUUGUUUGAUGGGGAACUAAAGCCGGUUGCGCCUAAAGCCCAGAAGAAAGUGCCCAUGCCGCCAGACUUGAACCUGGAACAGUGGUUGUCGCGCGACCGCUGGUCGUCGGAGAGCUCGAGCUCGGAGGGGGAGGGCGAGGGCGAAGAGGGGGGCCCUAUGUUCCCGGCUCCGCACGACGCGCGACCCACGGCGCAGUUCACUCCCGAAGAACUUGACAUGUUACGUGAAGCGCGGCGUCAAGAACAAGCCAACAACCCGCACUACCUCAAAGACGACUCGCCGCGCUCCUACCAACAAGACGACAUUCCAAUAGCAGAGAUCGCACUCGAAGUCCCGCUGCAAAUACACACUAAACGAUCAGAUAAGUACUUAAUGUCUCGAGAGAGCUCGAGUAAAAAGAAGAAGGAGAAGCGGACGACAAAAAAGCGAAAGGCAAAGAAGCAAGACAAACAUUCCACUGACUCGGAGAGCGAAGAGUGGGAGCGACGGCCGGCGGUGUGCGCGGGCGGGGAGCUGCCCGAGGGCGCGGCGCCGUCCGACGACGAGCCGCCGCCGCCGCACGACGACCCGCACCACGCACUCGACCUCGACCUCGACAGGCCAUUACGCGAAGACGAGCUUCUUACGUCACGUCUUCAACAAUAUCCGUCCCCCGGCGUCGGUUUGCUAGACAAAAAGAAAGAUAAACCGGCAAAGAAAUCCAAAAACGUAGAAAACGACACGCCCGAUAAACCUGUUAAGAAAAAGAAGGACAAGAAAUCAAAGCAACGCAAGCCAAGCGCGACAGAAUCGAUAAAAAAUGAGAAAACUGAAGAUAUUUUACUCAUCGAUGGAGUUUUUAAAAGCAACGGCGAGCAACUGAAAGAAGAUGUCGUUGAAAAUACUGAAUUAACUGUCGACGAGGGAAAGACAUUAAAGACUGAGAAACACAAGAAAAAGAAAGAGUCGAAAAACAAAGAUCAAACCAGUUCAUCGAAGAAACGAAAGUCUACGAAAAAAGAUAAGCAUGAAUCUAAAACGGGCUACGAAGAAGCUUUAGGUAUCUCGACACCUAGCAAAGAAGUCGUAUAGUCUGUAGAACACUUUCUGAGUCUCAACUUCCACUCAUGCUGUCUCAGUGCAAUUGUCAAAUUUAACAAUUAGUAAAAUAUUAUAUAUAUAUACGUUAUUUCUAACAUGUAUGUGUUAAGUUAGAGAUUAUUUUUAUUCGUUUUAUUUCUUAAAAAACAGGUCCAUGUAAUAAGCAUAAUAUAGUUAUAAAUAAAACAAAUAUGCAAUCAUAAAAGUGUAUAAUUUA